UAUAUUAUUAUAUCAAAUACUUUCUACAAACUACUAAAUUAAAGUAAAGUAUAUGCCCCAUAAUUUAUGUGAUCAUGAAUUUUGAUCUUGGUCUUGCUCUUGGAAUUGGCUUCCAUGAUCAAGAGAAGAAUUGCAUGAAGAAAAAGGAGGAUGAUCCAUCAAGAAAAUGCAAUAAUAAGGCAUACCCAUCUCUUACAUUAGGACCAGCAAUAAUUGAUGAUGAUGAUAAUCAUAAUCAAGGUUCAAAGAUUAUUGAAGACUCUAAUAAUUCUUCUCCAAGUGCAGUGUCAUCAUUUUCCAACUCUUCUAUCAUAAUCAAGAAGGAGAAAGAUCAAGAAUUUGAGGUUGAGAUUGAUGAGAAGGCUCCAUCAUCAUCAAGGGAUGAAGAUGGUAACAACACAAAAAGGAAGAAACUUAGGCUCACAAAAGAACAAUCUACAAUCUUGGAGGAAAGCUUCAAGAACCAUUCUAAUCCCAAUCCGAAGCAAAAGCAAGAAUUGGCAACACACUUGCAUCUGCUGCCGAGACAAGUGGAGGUAUGGUUCCAGAACAGGAGAGCCAGGACAAAGCUGAAACAAACAGAAUCAGAUUGUGAGUUCCUGAAGAAGUGCUACGAAAAUCUAACAGAAGAGAAUAAGAGGCUCCAAAACGAACUUCAAGAACUGAAAUCAAUGCAAACAACAACACCCUUUUCCAUGCAAAUUCCACCAACAACUCUUACUAUAUGCCCUUCUUGUGAGACAAUUUGGGCUAAUAAUAAUAAUAAUAAUAAUGGGGAAUUAUUGCUUAUAAGUUCAAAAGCUCAUCAACAUCAUAAUCAUUUCUACAAAAAUAAUGGAUAUCCAUUAUUCAAACACUCAUCAUCCGCAACAUGCUAGAUUUACAUAUAGAAGGCUAUAAACACUAUACAGAAUUUUCAGGGGAAUUAUUGUUGUAUUUUGUUAUGGGUAUUUAAUUUUGUGAUAUGGUGGUGAGGUCAAUUAUUAUAUAUCACUUAAUUAGCAAAGUGUAAUGUAAUUAAAUCUAGCUUAGUAGUAUAGAGAGCUCCCAUGUGAUUUUUUUACCGUCAAAUUUUAGAUUAUAAUAAUGCAAU